AUGGGAAAGAGGCCAAGGACGCCGCACUUCAUCACGGGGAUUGGUGAUGGACACGUACAUAGCUCUAUGAAACAGCCGCAUGAUGAGCUGAGAUUGCAAAACAAAGAACGGGGGAACAAUGGCAACAACAACUUAAGGAGAGAACGAUACAUACGGACUCGCAAUGAGCGCUUGGUACGGUUGGAAGAACCACUAGCCGCAACCGAUCAAUGGAGGGAUGUCUUUGGAAGUGAGGAUCCAGACAUGGUCAAAGCAUCCAACUUUGGGUUCUUGCCCUUCUCUCCCUAUGCCAUACUGGGUUUCUUAAUCAUCAUCACUGCCCUGUUAUUGCACCUGGUGUCCGAUUCUUCCAAUGAGCCGAAUUCCAAAUAUCGACGACGGCAACGGAGAAUGUAUCGAACACGCAAAAAGAAGACAGAUGAAUGGAGCGAUGACGAAGAAGAGAUUCUGAAGAGCAAUUAUCUGGCACACGAGAAUGAGUAUGAUUUCUAUGAUAAUCAACAGGAGACCUACUAUCCACACUAUUACGACGAACCUGCUGUUGCAGCGUCCAUUCACUCCUCCUCUCACGAUGAACAUCGAAGACGGAGGAGCUCUUUCAAGGAACAGGACAGCAUCUCACCAAAGGUCUCUGGUGGCUACAUCGGAGCCAGCAACUACUACAUGCCGCAGCAAGGGCAGCUAUCAGCCUACCGUAGUCCUGCGGCUAACAUGAUGGACUUGACUCCAACUGGAGUUCACCGAAGAGGAGGAGCCAGUCCCCUGAAUUCAUUCAGCCAAGGGCCAUCUCCCAUACGCCGGACGACUUUGCAUCCGUUUGACACUCCCACUUCGAUCAGUGGAAGUGGAAGGGAGACUCCAGGACUGUUGGGAUCCCCGAGUGCUGCCAAAACACUAAUGCCAACGGCUCACCUUCAAAGUUUCACUGGAAGUUCCUCGCAUAGCCAUGUACGACAGGGCAGCUCGCACAAUGCAGAACUACCGCGUCCGGCUGGAACUACUUCGGCUGUCGUGCGACCGCUUUCGUCCAAUUUCUCUUCUUUUGAAACACUGACAGGCGAUGUAAAACAGUCUGGUAACUACACGUCGGAUAGUUCCAUGGAUUUCAAUCAGAUUCAUCCCGCGGGAUCUUAUGAUUUGGGCUUGGAAAGCUCUCAUGGCAGUGGUCGACUGCAAGUUCCAAUGACACCAGCAAGAUCCGCAGCAACCCCACUAAUGGCCAAUGUGAAAAAGACAAUUGACGUCCCAGGAGAUAAUACGCCAGGAUUCGAUGCUGCUAUGAUGCCGCCAUCAUUGCACACGCCUGGAAGAGAACCCCGUAUCAUUCCCUUUAUUCCAUCACUGGAUGCAAGCAAACACAGCAAGCACCCUCCACAUGCAAAUCGACUGCUAGCGCCUCGGCCUGCCGCAGCGCCACCGCCGCAUUCCAUGUCGCUGGAGGAUUUACGACUAGUUCAAAUGGAGACCGGAAGUUCAGAGCAUUGGAAACAAAUGAGUCAACAUAUUUCAGAACGCGACGGGGAGGACGACUUCUACCAAUCCUUCAACCAAGACGAGUCUGAGGCGUACCCAUCGGACGGUAGCUCCGACGUUUCCAUUCCAAGUGGCGAUCCUCGCAAGAGUAUCGUUCACAAGCGCAAGAAGUUGACCAACGCCACGAAUGCGACAGCAUCAUUGCAAGGUUACAUUCAUUUUGACGAGCUCAAGUUGGUCGAAGUAAUUGGCGGUGGAGGAUUUGGUCAAGUUUGGAGAGCCUCCUGGAGAGGGACUCCUGUUGCCGUAAAGGUGUUGACCGGAGGAGCACAGAACCAGCACGUUGCCAAGUCAAUUCUCGAAGAGUUCAAGGCCGAAAUCAAUCUGCUAAAGGGUAUGCGACAUCCAAACAUUUGUCUGUACAUGGGAGCUUGUGUGCAUCCUCCAAAUCGUGCCAUAAUAACAGAGCUUGCUGCCAACGGAUCUGUGUGGGACGCUCUUCGAUUACCGUUGACGCCACCCUACGUGCCAUCGGAUGGAACACCGGCAGGAUCUUGGCCAAUAGGAUUGUACCUCCCGGGUGAAAUCGGUACUCCUCCCAGGGCAGACAGCAUGAUGCAGUCUCCUCACACUGCGCCACUUAUUCCUAGAGGAACAUGGCCCUGGGAGCUUGCCAAGCGAGUUGCUUCUGGAGCAGCUAGAGGAAUGGUGUAUCUCCAUAGUGGUAGCCCACCAGUGCUCCAUCGUGAUUUGAAGAGUGCAAACCUUCUUCUGGAUGAAAGUUACAACGCGAAAGUAUGCGAUUUUGGAUUGAGUCGAAUAAAAGCACAAGAAAGAAGCAUGACCGGGAACUGUGGGACAGUGCAAUGGAUGGCACCGGAGGUUCUAGCAAACCUGAGUUACAAUGAAAAGGCAGAUGUCUACAGCUACGGCAUCAUUGUUUGGGAGUUACUUUCACGAGAAUGCCCAUAUGAUGGCAUGAGUCCAAUUCAAUGUGCACUCGCUGUGUUGAAUCGUGACAAACGACCAGACAUUCCAAAGUGGUGUCCUCCACAACUCCAUGCACUGAUCAAGUCCUGCACAAAAAAAGAUCCGGCACAACGACCUUCUUUUGAUCAAAUUCUGCUUGCUUUGGAUGCAAUGAAUGGAUGA